AUGUGUCGGUGUCCGGUCGUUCCUCACUCUGCAGGUCCACACACGUGGCCCUCGGGUGCGGCCGGCCGGCGCCAGUCCCCAGUGAACGUUCGGUCGGAGUUCGUGCAGCAGGUGGACGGCUGCCCGCCGCUGCUCUGGCCGGGAUACGACGUCCUGCCCUGCAAGCUCAGCCUCAGCAACGACGGAACAGCAGCUGUGCUGCGUGGUUGCUGGGGCGGCAGGGGCUGCGCGCCAGCCCUCAGCGGCGGCCCUCUGGGCGAGGGCUGCUGGCCCUUCGCGUGGGCCGAGUUCCACUGGGGGCCCAGCGACGACGAAGGCUCGGAACACACCCUCGACUACUGCCGGUACGCCCUCGAGCUGCAGGUCGUGCACGGGCCCUGCGAGGGUGCGCAGUACGAGUACGUCUGCGUCGCCGUGCUCUUCGAGGCGGUGAUGGAGGACAACCCGUACCUGGACCCGGUGGUGCAGGCGCUGCACCAGGUGAGGCGACCCGGCUGCUGCACGCAGCUCAUGCCCUUCCCGCUGGACUGGCUGUCACCGCCCAUGGAGCAGUCUUACCUCUCCUACAGCGGCUCGCUCACCAGGCCGCCCUGCAGUGAAGGCGUCCUCUGGAUCCUCCGCCCGCACCCGCUCACUAUCUCCAGUCGGCAGUUAGAUUUCUCGCUGCUUGUUAGACAGUCUGAAUUGGCAGAUGAAACCCAGUUGCAUCCACCUACACCAUCCACAGUCUACUCAUCAGCACACAAGUUAUAUUCAGAGCAUCUGGCUCUGUCAACUGGUUAG